AGCUGUUUUGUAUCCAGAUCUGACUCUUGGAGCUUCCUCAAUAUUGCGAAGUGGGUUGACAGUUUCUAGCAUUGCUGUAUGACAAUGAGGAUGUGGCUGACCUGAAACUGUUAGCAAUCUCACAGCGUGCUGACUAAUUGUGAAGAACCUACACGGGGGGAGAGAGGACCAUUUUGUAAGAGUUUGGGUCACACACUGACUUUGAUCAUCAGUUUGUUACAAUCUGGACCACAUGAGGUUCUAUGCUGCUAGAGUGAAGUCUUAGACAGCGAGGCUUCCUCUUAAUGGUUGAAAGGGGCAGAUUGUUUCCUUCUUUUGGACCGGAGAGAGACAGCAGUCAGGUGUACACUGGGGAUCAGAAAUGAAGGGUGCAGUGAAUAAGCCCAUAGCUCCAGUGAGCAAACAGUGCAGCCGGAACAUGGAGAGACCACGAGCUUCCAGUCUUACAACACCUGGAACCAAGUCCUCAAGACUCCUGUCCUCGUUCCCCACCAACUCCCAGCUCACCAAGGUGAAGAGUAAAAGCAGUGAUGAUUUACUGACAAAAUCUGCUGGCAGCCCGAUCUCAAGCUCAUCGAAACUGAAGAAAACAGUUCCCAUGGGAACCAUCACUGAGCUCAGCGAGGACAAGGCAAAGAGCAGCUCAGGACUGAGCUGCUCUAAUCGACGCUCUGCUAUUCCCACCCCGAGAGAUUCAACCUCACUUGGUAAAGAGAAACUUCCCCGUGAGCGGUUCCGUGUGCCACUCUGCAAGAAGACAGCCGCUCUGGUGAGCUCUGACACUGUGGCUCCAACAAGACCACUUCCAACAGCUUUAAAAACCAGAGCCCAGGGUGAGGAAAGUGCACAAGCAAAGCUUGAGACUCAGAUUAAAGAACUAUUGACAGAAGCCAAGGCUAAAGAUUUUGAAAUCAGUAAAUUAAGAUGUGAGCUGAAACAUCAACAAGACAAACAUGAAAAGAAUGAUCUGGAAGAGCUGUCAGCGUUUCCUGGCAAGGUGGAAUCACAGAUAAAGAAGCUGGAACAGAAAAAACAGAUUCUCCAACAUGAGCUCGAGGAGAUGCGGGUGGAGAAACAGACCCUACAGGAACAACUGGAGCAACUCAGGGAAGGUGUCCAGUCUGUGACUGAGGGUAACUCGCUGAGUUUAGAGGUCUCCCUCUACAGUGAUCCCAGCUGCAGCCUCUGUACCCCAACCUCACUGGAAAGUACCAGGACUCACACCAGGGAAACUUUUGAUAACUCCCUCCUGGUUAUCAAUGGGGAGAGAUCUCACAGCUCAUUCUCCAACAUGAGCAGUGUGACACCCUACCCAGAUUCAACGGACCUUAACAGAGCUUUUAACCUCUCUCCUGGUAGCACUAAUGGUUUUGAAGGCAACAUCAGCUCCAAUCAGGAGCCUCUGAAGAACACUGGCUCAGUGUCAGUAGACUGUCUUGCUGAGAAGCUGCAUCAGAUGGAAGAGAAGCAGCAUUGUACAGCAGAGGAGCUACAGGCAACCGUACAAGAACUGUGUGACCAGCAACAGGUUGUUCAGGAGCUGACAGCUGAGAACGAGAGACUGCUGGAGGAGAAAGCCAAUCUGGAAAAUUCCUUCCAGCUUCAACAGGAGAGGCUACAGCAGCUGGUCAGAGAGAAGGAGGCUCUGGGCAGUCUGAAAGUGAACAGAGGGACAGAGCUGACUGAUAGUGUGCAGACACAUGAGGGGAAGCUGUUCACAACACAACAGUCAGUCAGUAAUUACCAGACUUUGCAGGAAGGGAAGCCAAGAACUGAAGUCCAGCUGGAAAGUCUCAGUGAUGAGGUCAGAAUGCUACAGAAACUGCUGAAAGCAGAGCAGGAGCGUAAUGCUUCACUCACAGAUUCACUGGCUGAGAGCCAGGCUGAAAACACCAGCCUGAGAAAUCAGCUGCAGAAAUACAAACUGCUGGAGCUGGAGAAAGGUGCAGCGGUAAAUGACAGGCUGGCUCAGUCUGACAGAGAACAAGUGGAAUGUGCAGCCCUGAGUCACAACUCUCUACAAGCAACCAAUGCAGUCACUCACCUGCACAGCCCCUCAGCAAGGGUGCAGUCUGAACAGGACAUACAACAGCUGGAGGAACCGAGUCUCCCUGCAGACAAGCUACAGGGUGAGACAAGAGACAGAGAAUCUGAAAUCAAAGACCUGAAAGAAUCCAUCUUCGAACUGCAGGACCAUGUGGAGCAGCUUCAAGCAGUCCAGCUGCAUAACAACAAGACCAUCCUGGACCUUGAGGGUAAAGUGAUGACCUUAGAACAGCAGAAACGCGAAUUGGAGAAGCAACUUAAGAUGUCUAACAAAAAAAUGAAGGAGGAGGCUGAGGAAUGGCGUCACUUUCAGGCAGACCUGCAGACGGCUGUGGUGGUGGCUAACGAAAUCAAGUGUGAGGCACAGCAGGAGAUCCAUGUCCUCAAGAGGAAGCUGCAGGAAGCAGAGCAGGGAAUGGAGUUACUGCAACAGGAGCUGGAGGACCUGAGGGCCAGCAGGUCUGAUCCUUCCCAGGUGUGAAGCAAUUCUGAGCCGGUGACCGAGACACAGGAGCAGCUCCUGGAUCAGGGACCGGAGCUCAGGAGAAAGUUCUGAAACUCCGAGUCCAGCUGCCCGGACACUGGCCACAAGUUUCGUUAAACUGUUGGAAGGAGUAUCCCAGGAACCAGGGUCCUGUCUGUGUGAACAUGGACCUUUCACAGUGGGCUGUUGUGAUCUGGAAUGCACUGCCAGAAACGGUGGUGCAAACAGAUUCAACACUAACUUCCAAAUGGGCAACGGAUGAACACUCAAAAGAAAAAUGUGCAGGGUUCCAGGACAUGGUUGAGGGUGUAGAAUCAAUUAAACAGAUUGUUCAAAGAGGGGCUGAAUGCGCUGAAUACCUCCUCUUGUGUUUUUUGAUCUUAUAAUAAAUUAAGAGUGGGCAUGA